AUGAAGUUGGACCGAGCUCAUGGCUUUAGCGGGCUUCCCAUCCAUGUCCCAUAUGACGAUGAUCACAUCGCUGUGGUCCAAAAACCCGGAGGACUCACACUACGACACUACGAGGAAAACACUCUUGAAGUGCUCUUAAGACAGCUAUUACGUCCUCCUAAUGGUUCAAUUGAUGACAUCCUACCAAAUCCAAUCGUGAUAUCUAACGGAUUGGACAAAUCUAGCUGGGGUUUGGUGGUCAUAGCAAAGACGCGUCAAGCUCUGCUCGGCCUAACCGAAGCUUGGAGUGAGUCUCGCAUCAUUACUACCUAUCAUGCACUCAUAGAAGGCCGAAUCGUUGUUGGUAACACGUUUGCUCACGUCGGCCAACGUUUGACUCGCACCGAUGUAGUUGACAACGUAUCCUGCACAGCAACCAUAACCGUACUGAAUAUUACACGAUGUCGAAAGCUAGAGUAUCUAUCUACGGUGCUUUUUACACCAAAACUUCCGCUAUUCCCACGUCAACCAAACCACCAUAUCAGACUACACCUGUUGGCUAUGGGUAACGCACUAAUAGGCAAUGCUACAAACACUCAUGGACUCGCUGGAAGUACCGUAAAGCACUGCAUGAUUGCAUUGACACGUAUAGAGCUCAAGCAUCCGUGUACUGGUGAUGAUAUCGUUGUUGAUUUGGCAGAGCCUGAACGCAUAAAGAGAAUGAGGGAACGCCAGCAGCUUGUUUGGGAAAAACAGUAUGCUGCACAUGGUGGUAAUGAUGAGGAUCAGGCUUUGGAGGUUGUGUCGCUAGCAUAUACUCGUGGAUAUCAGACAUUUUGUGGUAUGUCAUUCACAAUCAAUGAACAUGUCAUGGUACCUCGUCAGCCAACCGAACUCCUCGUCACAACCGCAAUAGAGCUGCUAAAAGACAUACCAACACCUAAAAUACUAGACGUUGGAACAGGAUCCGGAUGUAUACUUAUCUCAAUCAUGCACGGCCUGCAAUAUCAAUGUUUAGGAGCAGGCAUCGACAUAUCAUCACAAGCCCUAGAUAUAGCCCGUGAAAACGCGAAGAGAUUACUCCCACCGUUAUCAUCUAUAACAUUUGCUGAAUCAGACAUGGCCGAUGAUACACUACCAUUCAACAUAGCACAUAUAGCACCCUUUGGUAUAAUACUAUGCAAUCCACCUUACCAUAACACUUCACGAGCCAACUUCCUAAAACUCGAUACCGAGCCUCGGAUUGCAACUGUUGCUGGUGAGACGGGUCUUGAGGGUUAUGAUAAGAUACUGAAUGGAGUGUUGGAUAGUGGUGCUGUGGGAGAUUCUACUAUAGUUGUGGUUGAGGUGCCACCUAAAAAGGCAAUGAAUGUGGGUGGGAUGUUUGAGGCAAAGGGUUGGCAUCUUGUAGAUACGAAACGAGACUCGCAGCAGACGCCACGAUGUCUAGUGUUCUCCCGUAGAGGCUGA